GAGAGAGAGAGAGACGUUUCCUUCCCAGUAUAACUUUUUCAGACGGGCUGAGCGGCGGGGAAGCCCUGCCUGCAGAAGUCCAGGGACCGCUGGAGCUAACCGAGACCCCCAGCCUGUUUCCCUCUGAACCGGAGCUCUGCUGAACCUAAUGCGGACUUUAGUACCUGCCCGGCCGGGUCAGCAGCGCGGCCUCGCUCCCUCCUAACGGAUCUUAAACCCCGGUCUGAUUAACGCCGCUGUUUUCUCUGCGGAAGAUCCACGUCGCUGCAGCGGGCGGUGCCAACUCAUCCCCAAUGAAGUCCGGAUAAUAGUUUGUCUCCUCCUUCAUCACGGAACGCCCCUUCCCCUGUCCGAGCAAUGGAGAUGGCUGGGCCGGGCCCGGACGAGGGAGUGACGGGCCUGGGGGAGGUGGACGCCUGUCAGCUGGAGAUUCAGAGGAAAUAUGAGGUCAUCCCUGCUGUCAUCUGCUCCAUGUGCUGCCUGUUUGGAAUUAUCUACUGUUUUUUUGGUUACCGCUGCUUCAAAGCUGUCAUGUUCCUGUCGGGCCUGAUGUUCGGCUCGGUUAUUAUCUUCUUGCUGUGUCAUAAAGAGCGAGUGCUGGACACACAGCUGAGUGUGGAGGCCAGUGCUGGGAUCGGGCUGGGUAUUGGGCUGCUGUGUGGCCUGGUCACCAUGCUGGUCCGCAGUGUUGGCCUCUUUAUGACCGGCCUCCUUCUGGGCCUUCUACUCGCUCUUGCUGGGCUGCUGGUCACUCACCAGUUUUACACACCUGGCACUGUAUGGGUUCCCCUCGGUGCCCUCCUCGGUACAGGCAUGCUGUGUUCUGUUUUCACCCUUCAGUGGCAGAAGCUCUUCACCAUCCUCUCCACAGCAGUGUUCGGCGCUGCCAUCAUGACGGUGUGUGCUGAUUAUUUUGUGGAGAUGCUGGCGCUGGCCACUCACGUGUACGACUGCCUGCGCCUGGUUCCCACCCCCGUGCCCCUCUGCUGGUACAGCUGGGUCAUCCUGGGCAUCUGGCCCACGCUCAGCCUCAUGGGUGUGCUGGUGCAGUGGAAGCUCACGGCUGAAGGCUUCUCACAUACUGAAGUGAUUAUCAGCAGGAGACAGAAGAGAGUGCAGCUGAUGAGGAUACGGCAGAAGGACGCUAAGAAGCUGCAGCUGUCGGGGGGUCAGGAGGGGACGUAUCGCCGAAAACCGACGCCUGUAAAACGUUAUGCUGGAGAUCUACUAGCACCAAGCUACCUGCAGAGUCUUCGAGACCGCCAGAUGGGUACAGGCACGUCUCUGAGCAGCCUGAGCACCACCAACCACACUGUGGUGGAUUUUGACUAUGAGACUGGUUCCACAGUUCCACUCACAGCGACCACUCCAGCAGCACAGGCCUGAUGACAUCUUCAGCGAUCACAGCACUAACAGUCUGCAUAAGGAGAAAACAUGAUAGUGUGGUACACCGUAGUGAGUGGCACCGGGUUUGGAUAAUAGUUACGUUUAUUAGGAAGUACAUUUAGCAUCUAUAGUGUUGUGAGAACCUGGAUUAAACACUAGAUCCUGACCAUAGCUCAGACUGAAACUACACAUGUUAGGUUAAUUAAAUUAGCUGUGCUCUUAAAGGGCCCGUAUUGUGGGAAAUCAAAUUUUCUUGACUUUUCUUUAUGAUGUCAAAGUGUAUGAACAUUGUUUAAGCUUCAGAACAUCCCACACACUUCCUCUCGUUCGUACAUGUGGAAACUAAUCAACAAAAACUAUAUUUUCAAAAUUUUACUGUUUUUGUGAAGUCACAAAAUCCAACAUUUACCGUAUUUUUUGCACUAUUAAGACGCACCGGAUUAUAAGGCGCACUAUCAAUAAACAUCUAUUUUUUUAAUCAAUUUUUAUACACUAAAUAAUAAGAAGCAUUUUAAGUGGCACUUGUUAGGAACAGGAGUGUUGCCAUGUUUCCCUUCUAAUUCAGUUUAAUUAAUUAAGUUUAGGUCACUUAACAAACAUUUCAGAUGAGUCAGACAAGUCAAACCAGAGCUGGACGUUAAUCUACACAGAUUUCUCUCCUAAAAACUGUUUAUUUGGGUGAGUAAACUGCUUCUGUUUACUUACAGUAAGCUUAGAUUUACAGAUAAGGCUGGAGCAUUAGCAUUAGCUGCUAAUUGCUAAUGCCGUCAAACUUCGCCUAUCAGCGCUACAUUGAGGAACCCUGAGUGUUCUGGUAAAUCAGGGCAAUAUUAGUUAGCGGUUCAUCCCACGUAGCUUGUUUUAACACUGUAAAUGUGCAGGCUACAGGCCGGUAUACUCACCUCUGAAUGGCCAAAUGGCUAGCGCUUAGCGGGUAAUGCUAAUACUGCUGGAGAACUAAAGUGAAACUGCUUUAUAACGCUGCACUUCAGCGAAUUGGCUUCCUUACACCUGACUGGUAGAACUCAUACAUAAGGUGCACCGGAUUAUAAACCGCACGAUUUUAGGGAAAAUAGUAUUUUAAAAGUAUUUUAAAUGCAGCUUAUAGUGCGAAAAAUACGGUAAUUAAUUUGCAACAGUUUAGAUUCCACCCAUUCACCUCAGGUUGAGUUAUAAGUAAUGUUUUGAACUACAGUUUUCUUAUACAUUCCUUAUAUUCCUAAAAAACAAUUAAAACAUACGCUAGAUGUAAACAGAACAUACAGAGGUUAAAGACAUUUAUGGACCUUAGGUGGAAGCAAUGAAAUACAGCAAAAAAGAAUGAAAAAAAAAAAACAGUAAAAAUGUGGGAUAUGUGUCAUUUAUUUAAUACAUAGUAUUUAUUUCAUAUUGCUCAGCUCAGUUUCAUAACUUCCAGCUGUCAUAAAGCAUCUAAUCCAACGCCAAGCCUCAAACCCCACUCCGCCAAUACAUACUGUCAUCUGCUUACUGUUAAUGGAGCUAUUAAAAUUGUCUUAUGAUGUAGCGAACGUUCAUGGUCUUCUGUGUUGUAUAUAAUGUGAUGUGAAGCCCUUUGUGAAUGAAGGGGUUCAUUUCUUUAAUGGAAGAAGUUCUGUGGUGAGGAAUUUGAGUGAAGUUUGCUGUUAGUGCUCUGUAGACUUUCAGACUACAGCUGAACAGUGUGAUACGAAUGAGGAUGUAUGAGUGAGUGUGUAUGUGGUGUAUGUGUGUGUGUAUUUGUUAAUUAAAAGAAGUAUUUCAGUAAAUAUAAAUUGUACAAUUGUUUAUAAUAAUGUUUUUUUUUUAGUUUCUGCAGUCAGAUCCAGUCAGUUUGUAUAGUUUUAUGUAAGUAAUAUAAUACAGGAAAUUGACAAAUCCUGCACCUAACAGCUGAUGUGGAAAAUGCUGAUACAUGUAGAACGUCCCACUUGUAGUUCUAAUAGUACAUUUUACACUUAAAGACUCAAAUCUCUUUUCUUCUCUGUUAUACAUCAUUAGAUGGUCUAAAUGCUGAGCUGUAGACUACUAAAUCUGUUAAACUAAUCCUGCAGGGUGUCCAUAGUGAGCCUCUUUACACUGGUAAAGUAGGCAGUGUGUCCUUCAGUGUUUAUUAUUCAGUGCCUUGAAAUAGAAAAUGGAAUUUGUACAUUUUGUUUUGGUUUUCCCGUCUAAAUCUAUGUUGUGCUGUAUGUGUAAUUCAUUUCUCUUCCCAGUGCCUUUUUCACGUUGAUAACACUCUGUUACCAUGUUAAACACACUCCCACCUCUUUUUUAAUUUGUUUUGUUGCUUUUUUAAGACAGUGACCUGAAUCUGAAUAUGUAUAAAUGUGUUUAUAAAAGUUUAUGAAGUCUGUAAAUCUGAAGAAA